UAGGAUGGUGCCCGGUGUUAGUUCACCCAAGGCGCGCAGUUCUGGAACGACCCAUCCACGGUUAAAACAGUCCUUGAAGAACUGGGCAGCCCUGCGUGGACCAGCGCCGACGCGAUGGGCUGAAUAAGUUCUGUCGGCGGAGAUCAGCUCCGGCUCUGUGUCUUUAAGCAAUGGUUCGCCGCCGAGGCUCCUCGGCUUAUAUGGGACGACAGGAAAUGAGUAAGAGCCGAGGCAGAGGAAGGAACUUGCUGUUCGGCGGCGUCGGCCAGUUCCCCCGGAGCAGAGCGCGCCGGGACGCCCGGCAGCCCGACCAAGGUCUGGGCUGCCAUGCCAGCCCCGAUUAUCACCGUGUGGCUGCUGGUGAGCGCCAUCAUGAGCAAACAGCCGCCGCCCCCGCGGGGGGAGGCCCUCAGCCGGAUGGAGGAGCGGGCGGCGACGUUACAAGCUCAGAAGCUGCGGCUGGAGCAGGAGCUGGCUGAGGCGGAGGCGGCGGUUGCCGAGGAGCCGCAGGCCGAGAGUGACGACAGCUGGGGGUCGUGGGGAGCCUACCCCCUCGCCGGUUUACUCCUCCUCCUGCUGGCGCUGUGGGGCUGCGGGCUGGUCGGCUGCCCGCGUGCCCUGCGGCUGCUGGUGGGUGGGGAGGAGGACCCGGAGAGCGGGGAGCUGCCGCCUCUCGCCUCGCUGCCCGACCUUCAGGCCCUGGCCUGCUUCUAUGAGCAGAGCGUGCGGCUGCCGGUGGACGAGGUGUCACGGACCAGGGAGAUGGUGGAAGGUUUUGCCGACGACCUGCUGGAGGCCGUGCGGAGCGUGUGCGACCGCGAGCUUGACAUGGAGCUGCAGGAGAGUGUCGGCGUCGGGAGUCUGUACGAGAACUGGCGUCUGGACAGGCCGCUAGCCUGUGACCUGCUGGUGCCCUUCAGCCCGCCUGAGCCCUACCGUUUCCAGGCCAAGUUGAUGCUGGCGGCGGGGCCCGAGUUCCUGGCCCGUGGCGCCGUUCGCGUCUUGGGCCCGGAGCCCGGCGCCUGUCGCUGCGGUGACACCCAGCUGGCCCGCGACAUGCUGUGCCUGGUGCAUGGAGAGCAGGGCCCGGCCGCCAACCAAGAGCUGCUGUGGGCUCCCACUGCCCCCUAUCUGUCCAGAGGCCCGGUGAUGCGGUGGUUCCAGGCUGCCCUCACCAAGGCCUGGGCCAGGAUCUCACACAAGUAUGACUUUGAGCUGGGAUUCCAGGAGCUGGAACGCCCCGGCUCCCUGCGGAUCCGCUUCCGCUCUGGCAAAGUCGUGCUGUUCAACCUCUGCCCCGUGGUGCAGUACGACGGCUCCGACAUGUACCUGACACUGGCCUGGGACCCACCCGGGGGGCAGGCAGGCCGCAGGCCCGACCGCGACACCGUCUGGGAGCUCAGCUCGGCCGUCUACGAGAAGAGGUUCCUGAACUGGGUGGCCAAGCGGCUGCCGCCCAGCCCCUGCCACCUGGCCUGCCUGCAGAUCGCCGCCUUCCUGCACCAGAAGCAGAUCCGGCUGAGCGGCCCAGGCGGCCUGUGCCGUUACCACCUGAAGACCGCUCUGCUCCACCUGCUGGCCCGCUUGCCACCCGCCGCCUGGCACCGCUCCUGCCUGCCCGCCCGGCUCCGGGACCUGCUGGAGCUGCUGCAGCAGGCACUGCGCCACGGCCGCCUCGACCACUUCAUCCUGGGCAGCGGCUCCGCCCUGCCCGAGCUCAACAUCCCAGCGGGCCUGCGCGCGGCCCAGCAGCCCAACCUGCUGGCCGGCCUGGUGGCACGGAGGCAGCUGCUGGCCCAGGCCAGGCACAUGCUGGCCGAGAUGCAGCGGAACGCCACAGUGCUGGUGCGGGAGUACGGCCCGCCCGAGCCACAGACCAGCCGCGCUUCCAGCUAGGCGGAGGGAUGGUGAGCGGCUACCCCGAGGCCUCUGCCCAGCGCUGAGUCAGAGUGGCAUCAGGCCCCGAGAUGCUGGCCUCUCGGCCUCGUGUCCGGGCACCCUCCCACCUCUGCGGCGGGUGAACUCGGCAACUGAACCCCCAGACUUCCAGUGAGUGAAGACACUACUGGCCAAGGCUGCCCCCCUUGGGCAUCACCAUUCUCCAGCCCGCUUUGCCCUGCAUGACAGGAGUGCCAAAGUUGGCAUUGGUUAAGGGUCACUGCCACCGCUCCGUGCCCACUGCUCAUCAGUGCAGCCGCUGACCAAGCCUUCCCCUUCUCCUGAGGGAGGCCAGCCCUGGCGGGAGCUGUAGCUACAGCAGAUCCAAUUGCUGAAACAGAAUAUACUUUGCAGUAAACACACACUUUAUUAUUCAGUGAGAAUUAAAGGCACUACUGGAACAGGUUCAAUGUUCGUGAUGCAGAGCUCAAUGGAACUGUGAGGGGCAAUAGAGGGAUUUUGAUGGGGUGGGAAGGGGCAAUGGACAAAGUGACUGAGUGGGCAACAGCGAGGACGAUGGACAGCUCGUGGUGACCAUAACCAGAAGGCAAAGACAAGUCUGUUUAACUGGGGAACUUAAUUGUUGAAAGUGACUUUGUAUGCACCUCACUGAAAACCAAUCUAGUGAUCAAGAAAGGCAAAUAUUGGUCAUUAUUACACAAUAUUUUAAGUACAAGAAUAAAGACUAUACAUGGAGCAUUUCUGUACUUUGGUGUAUUUUUAAAAUUUAAGGAUGAGCACAAUACAGGAGCAGGGAUGUGAUGUGGGGUCUCACUUGGAGUGUUGUGGGUGG